AUGUCUGAACACGGCGAAGUCGAGGUCGAAAACCCCGCUGCGGCCUUCCAGGUCCUGCCCAAGGAGGCUAUCGCGGAGAUGGGAUCCGUGAAGCUGUUCAACAAGUGGAGCUACGAGGAUGUUGAGAUCAGGGACAUCUCCUUGACCGACUACGUCCAGAUCCGCUCCCCUGUCUACCUUCCUCACUCCGCUGGCCGCUAUGCUGCCAAGCGUUUCCGCAAGGCUCAGUGCCCCAUCAUCGAGCGCCUGACCAACUCCCUCAUGAUGAACGGCCGCAACAACGGAAAGAAGCUCAUGGCUGUCCGCAUCGUUGCCCACGCCUUCGAGAUCAUCCACAUCAUGACCGACCAGAACCCUCUCCAGGUCGCCGUUGACGCUAUCGUCAACUGCGGUCCUCGCGAAGACAGCACCCGUAUCGGUUCCGCUGGUACCGUCCGUCGUCAGGCCGUCGAUGUGUCUCCCCUCCGCCGUGUCAACCAGGCUAUUGCCCUCCUGACCAUCGGUGCUCGCGAGGCCUCUUUCCGUAACAUCAAGAGCAUUGCUGAGUGCCUGGCUGAAGAGCUCAUCAACGCCGCCAAGGGUUCCUCCAACUCCUACGCCAUCAAGAAGAAGGACGAGCUCGAGCGUGUUGCCAAGUCCAACCGGUAA